UAACAGCAACGUCGCUGUGCGGUUGCGUAGUCACAUGAUUACUCCCAACGCCGCCGUGACUCUCCGCCAGCACUGCUCUUGCGCCAUAACAUCUGCCAUCCUAAUCGCAGGCCUCCACCGUCGUCUGAGUUUUUAUUCGUAUUCAGAUGCUAUUGGCGAGCCCGACCGGUCAUGUUUUCAGAGUACGCUUCCAAGUUCCUGACAACAUCCCAACCGCGGAGCGCGACCGACCCCUCCGCGCCCUCGCCCCCCGCUGCCUCCGCAGUCCCGGCCUCGGCCGUGCCGUCAGUCGCGCGGACGCACGUCUACAAACCGCACGCGCCCGCCCGGCACGCUCCGCCGCAGCCCGCUUCGGCGUCGGCGACCGCCUCGCGGCUGUUUUACUCCGCGACCGAGACCCUCGCUGAGUCGGAGGACAACCCGCGAUCGUUGUACUCGCCGCGGCGGCACUGGGUUGCUGGCGGUGGUGGUGGUCCGCGGGCGGGCGUCGCGCACAGGAACGAACUGCGCGAGGAAGACGAGGAUGAGGAUGACGCGCGCACGAUGGGGAGUAACGACGAUCAGCAGCCGGCCGCGAGUGUGCAGCACAGCCAGAGCUUGAAUCCGAGCCGGCUAUUACUCGGCCGGCGCAGUUUUUUCACUAGACACGCUCCUACAGCGCAGUCGGUCAACGGGAGCAGUAGUAUCAUUGGCGCGACAAACACGGGAAACAACAUGCUUGCAAAUAGCCGGCUGACGCUGAACGGCGCGUUCGACGAUACCAACGAAGGCGGAGGCGACGAUCAUAUGGCUGGCACAUAUACCGGCCAUUUGUACGGCGCCGACUCUGCGAUCAAAAGCAGCUGGAAGUUGGAAGAAGAAGAGGAGGAAGACGAGGCACGCGAUCAUUUGCAGGCCAGUGAUCGACACCUGCGGCGGCCACAGCAGCACGAUGAGGCCGAGACCGAGGACGAUAACACCGCAAGCAAAUCCGACGUGCUGUCGUCGUCGCGGAAUUCGAUGGAGAGCGUGGGCUUGGACAGCGUGAUGUCGCGAGCGAGGCAGUAUUCGCCUCCGCCACCGCGGCUGCGGUUUAAGGAGAACCCGUAUCCGCGCAACAUGACCGCCGCGACCAUGAACGCGGCCAACGCGCGCCAGUUUCGAUAUGCGGAGAACGACGAGUACGAGGAUGUGCUUGCGCGAUCGAAGCAGCCGGGUGUUGCGGACUUUGAGGCUAUUGGGCAUGCCGAUGCGGAGUUUCCGGGAGCGUUCCCUGGCGACAUUACUAUCCCCCGCGAUGUUGCUGAUCCGGCGGACGACGCAGCUCAGAAUAGCUUUCAACAUGCGAUUCCGCGCGAUUUCAUGCCUCAGCAGUCGACCGGGCGCGUUAUCAGUGAGGGAUACAUCCCCCCGAGCCUGGUCGACCUCCAGCCAGUGAUUUACUCGCAGGAUGGGAUGUGGUUCAAGCUGUAUCUGAUCUCGAUGUGCUGCCUGUUUGCGACCUCGUUCACGGUCUGGCUUGAGACCGAAGUGACAAAGCCGAUCAAGCUGACGGACAGCAUCUACACCGUCAUCGGCGGCUCGGUCUCGAUCCUGGCGUUUGACACCGUGCUCGCAGUGUGCGUGUCCGCGGUCUGGUUCAUCUUGCUGAAGAAGUGCGUGCGACCGCUGCUCAUGCUCUUGAUCAUCUCGAUCCCGUUCUGCCUGCUCGGGUUGACAAUGUACCCGCUCAUCAUGUCCUACCGCGACAGCUGGGGCGGCAACUCUGUGCAGGACCGCGCCAUGCGGUGGACAAGUCUCGUGCCUGCCAUCACGGGCGCGCUCUGGGUCUGGUUCGCGAUCCGCUCGCGCAACGCGUUGGGUCGCGCGAUCGGGAUCGUGCAGCUCGCGUGCAAGAUCCUGGCCGAGAACCAGAUCCUAGUCGUGCUGAGCCUCGGCAUUCUUGCCUCGUUCACGGCCUUUACGUGGUUAUGGUUUGCGAUGUUUGCGCGCGUGUUUUUGAAGGGAAGGGUGGUGGUCGGGAGCUCGGGAACGUUUAUGUGGAUCCUCGAUCAGAAUACGUGGGCUUUGGGGGCGUGGUAUAUCUUGAUGUAUCUCUGGACUUGGGGGGUGUUUUCUGGGAUUCAGAGGGCGUGCACUUCAAUAGCCGUGUCGCAGUGGUACUUCCACCGCAACGAGCUUCCUCGCCUGCCAUCCACCGACGUGCUCUCAGCAGCGCUAACCCGCUCCUGCACUGCCUUUUCCGGAACGAUCUGCUUCGCAUCCUGCCUCGCGCUUCUAAUCCGCCUUCCCGUGCUUGCACUCCCUCGACGCGUUUUCUCCCUCGUUGCCCGCUUUUGCGCUAACCUGAUCCCCGGCCCUGUGAACGCGCUCGUGAACCCGCUGACGCUGUCAUACUCCGCCAUCACGAUCCAGCCGCUCGUGCCCUCGUCGCGCGGGAUCUCGAACCUGCGCUUCAUCGACCUCGGCCCGAACUCGUCGUUCGACGACUCCUGGACCGCCUACCGCCUGUCCAAAAUGCUUCUCUCCUCCGCGCGCGCGCUGACCGCUCUCGCGCUCGGGUUCGGCGCAUGGGUGCACGCGGCGCAGGACGUGAACGGAGGAAGUCUGUACGGGUACGUCGUCGGUCUGAUGGGCGGCGCGAUCGGCUGGGUCGUGCUUGGUGCGACCGAGGGGAAUCUGUCGAUGAUUGUCGACGCCAGUUUUGUCAGUUUUGCGAUCGAUCAGGCAGGUAGUCAUGGCGGGCACUGCGUCGAGGCCGAUCAGCAGUUUGGCGGGUUUGGCGGGGGCGCGAGGGCGUGAGGCUCCUGCUUUAACUUAUGGCUGCGUUUGAAUGUAUAUUGUUGUUUUUGGCGGGGUUGUGUUGUUGCUGUAUUGUUAUCAGCAUGUGC